UUGAUCUCAUUCUGACAUUAUCUUACGUGCACAGUGCACGUGUGGACAUAAGGAGUUGAUCACAGCGUCUGUUGCUAAUGUUUUCUUUGGGAAUGUUGACAAGCUGACAGGCGAAGCGCAGCACUGACAUCAAACCUCACUCCACUGUCAGGACGAGAGACAGAUACAGGGAGACAGAGAGAAGAAGGGGAAGCAGGGGGAGGGUGAGAGACAAAAAGAGAUAGGGAGAGAGGGGGAGGUGAGAGAAAAGGAGGAGUAAAAAAAUGACUUCACGGCCAUGACUGGACUGCCCCCUUUUCCCCCCUCAGCCUCUCUCUGUCUCUCAACUUUUUUCUCCCUCCUCCUCCUCUGUGUUUUUUUUAAAUGAUUUGGGGAGAAGAGGGGAACGAGCAUUCGGAGCUUGGCUGACAGUGCAGGCAGAAGCGUCACAUAGGCAAACAGGAGCCUGAGGGGCAGCACGCUGGGACUGAAGAGAAUUGAAGAAGCUCGGGCAGUUUUUGGAUUUGAUCCACAGACAAAAAGAUUGACUGACAGAUAGAAGAGGCCGGCUAAGGGGAAAAGAAAGGCUAUAUUUAGUAGAUUUAUACACUCCUAAGACGCUUUAAACAAUACAUUUACAUAUACAGUCUGUACUAAAAGCAAGGGAAAAGCCAGAUACACUGAUUUAUUUUUGUAGAAAAGACUAGCAGGCUCAUACCUUGCAGACAAGCCCAAACAUUUUUCCAGACAGGACCACAUGUUUUUUUCCACUGGAGAGAUAAAGAAACAGUUGGACAGAGGCACAUUUUGAAUGAAAGUGGAAGAAUCCUUCUCUUGAUCUAGCAAUGCAUUUGAGGAACUCUGCACUAAACUGUUGCUGUCUGCUAUGUUCCUGGACACUGACACAGGCAUAGGACACAAUUAUUUUAACUGAAUUCUUCUUGGGAUCCACGUCGUGCUUUUUCUUGUUAACAGCCCUUCUUUAGUGCAGGUGUUGUACUGACUGUCACUAUGUUUCCUCAAAGGUACUAUUUAACACCAUCAUGGACUACUUAUCUUUUGGUCUUGUGCAUCCUGGAUGCAUGGACCACAGCCUGGCCGGCUGCCCAGCAGUCCCAGCCACAGCUGCAGUCCCGCCGGUCCAGGCAGAUGUCAACCCUAACUUCCUCCUCAUUAGCCGGCAACCUGUCAGAAAGCACUGAGAGCAAAGUGGAGCGUCUCGGCCAGGCGUUCAAGCGAAACGUCCGCGAGUUGCGUGAGAAAAGUGCCUGCUUGGACCUGGUCUUCCUGGUGGAUGAGUCGUCCAGCGUGGGGGCCAAUAACUUCCUGAGUGAGCUGAGGUUCGUGCGCAAGAUGCUGUCUGACUUCCCUGUUGCUCCAGAGAACACACGGGUGGCACUGGUCACCUUUUCGUCCAAGACCCAUGUAGUGACGAGGGUGGACCACAUCUCGGCGCCUAAGUCUCACCAGCACAAGUGUUCCCUUUUCAACCAGGAGAUUCCGGCCAUCAACUACAGAGGAGGAGGCACCUUCACGAAAGGAGCCUUCCAAAGGGCAGCGCAAAUCCUGCGUCACUCCCGUGAUAACGCCACCAAGGUCAUUUUCCUGAUUACUGAUGGCUACUCUAAUGGUGGGGACCCUCGGCCGGUGGCAGCAGCUCUGAGGGAACGUGGUGUAGAAAUCUUCACUCUGGGCAUCUGGCAGGGUAACAUCAAGGAGCUCCAUGACAUGGCAUCGCAUCCCAAGGAGCAGCACUGCUACCUGGUGCACAACUUUGCCGAGUUUGAGGCCUUGGCUCGUCGUGCACUGCAUGAAGACCUCCCUACCGGCAGCUACAUCCAUGAGGAUCGGUCGCGCUGCUCCUCUCUGUGUGAUACAGGCAAGGAUUGCUGCGACUUGAUGGCAAGCUGUAAGUGUGGCACACACACUGGGCAGUAUGACUGCAUCUGUGAGAAGGGGUAUUACGGCAAGGGUCUGCAGCACGAAUGCACAGCAUGUCCACCUGGCACCUAUAAACCAGAGGGAACACCUGGAGGUCUGAGCACCUGCCUGUCAUGCCCAGACCUUCAGCACACCUCUCAGCCUGGCAGCACGUCCCUGAGUGACUGCGUCUGCAAGCCGGGCUAUCAGCCAACAGGCAUGAACUGCCAGGUCAUAUACUGUCCAGCACUGUCUCCUCCAGAAAAUGGCUUUUUCGUCCAAAAUGUAUGUAACAACCACUUUGAUGCGGCCUGUGGUGUGCGAUGCCAGCCAGGGUUUGACCUCCAGGGAACCAGCAUCAGACUGUGCCAGGCUGAUGGCACCUGGUCAGGGAUGCCUGCCAGCUGCAGAGUACGCUCCUGCCCGCCCCUCUCUCGACCCCAGCACGGCUUCCUGAAAUGUAGCGAUGGUGGCGCCUCAUACAAGGCAGAGUGUCAGGUGGGUUGUGAGCGAGGCUACAGGCUAGAAGGAGACUCCAGGCUCACCUGCCAGGCCAACUCCCAGUGGAGUGGACCCCAACCUCGGUGUGUGGAGGUGCGUUGUCCCCCCAUCGUGGCCCCGAAGAACAUCUUGCUAUCGCCCCCUGCCUGUGGGAAGAGGGGACUGUCGGCAGGCUCCGCUUGCCUGCUCACCUGUCGUCAAGGUUACCGUCUCCAAGGAAACAGGAGGGCAGUGUGCCUGGGCUCAGGGAACUGGACAGCUAAUGUCCAUAAAGCCGUCUGUACAGAUGCCGAACCACCAUGGAUCCAGUGCCCUGGGGACAUUGUUACAGAGACAGAUGAGCGGCGUGGUACUGCUAGUGUCAGUUGGAACGUCCCAAAUGCCACUGACAACUCUAAAGAAGAGACGGUGGUGCAGGUGAAACCAGUCUACACUCCUCCCCAGCUGCUCCCCAUCGGAAAGGAAACCAUCACCUACGUUGCUACUGACCGCUCUGGGAACCAGGCCAACUGCUCCUUUACAGUCACUGUCAUUGAUAUGGAACCUCCAGUGAUUGACAGAUGCAGGUCACCGCCCACAGUCCAGGCCACAGACACAGAGACGGCAGUAGUUUGGGAGGUGCCGCAGUUUUCCGACAACUCAGGAGGUCGCCUCACAGUAACCAGCAGCCAUACUCCGGGCUCCCUGUUCCAGGUGGGAGAGACGCUGGUCCAGUACACAGCUACUGAUGCUGCUGGAAACAGCCGCACUUGCAACCUCACCAUCACUGUGCAAGGGACGACCUGUGAGCAGCCGUAUGUUCCAGUGAAUGGAGAGUUCAUUUGCUUUGAGGAAGAAGAGGGUGUUAACUGUACUCUUCACUGUAAGGAUGGCUUCAGCUUCACUCAGGAUGCAGUGCACAGCUAUUUCUGUGCAUACAAUGGUGUGUGGGAGCCGCCUUACUCUCCAGACAGACCCGACUGCUCAGUGAACCGUUUAGCAAACAGCGGAUUCAAGCCCUUUGAGAUGUUGUUUAAAGCGUCUCGCUGUGAUGAUGUGGAUCUGGUCAAGUCAUUUACUGGGGAGUUCAACACCAAACUGGGAGGCAUGCUUCCCAACAUUUGCAGCAGUGACGGUGUCACCUGCAAACUGGAGGUGAUGUCACAGGGUCAGUGCCUGGAGUACAACUACGACUACGACAAUGGGUUUUCUAUUGCACCAGGGGGUUGGGCCAAUAGCUGGAGUCCUCAAGGAGCCCAGGACUAUGCCUACUUUGAGUCAGGCUUUGCUACAGGCUCUCGACAACUCGCCAGCCGGCAGCAAGACAGCAGCAUGCAACCACAUCACCGCACAAAGAGGCACCGAAAAAUCACAGGACCCACCAGAGACCAGAAAAUCCAGAUCUAUUUCAACAUCACAGCAAGCAUCCCUUUGCCUGUGUCGAGGAAUGACUCAGUAGAGGUGGCCAAUCAGAAAAGGCUCCUGCGGACUCUGGAGCAACUGACUAAUCGUCUGAAGCGAACACUGGCCAAGCAGCCACUGUCCAGUUACCACUUGUCCUCAGAGAUGAUUGUGGCCGAUCCCAAGUCUCUGGAGAGCAAGAGAGCCUCUCUGUUCUGCAGGCCAGGCUCAGUGCUCAAAGGCAGGAUGUGUGUCCAAUGUCCGGUGGGAACAUACUUCUCUCUGGAAUAUAAUGAGUGUGAGAGCUGCUGGCUGGGCUCCUACCAGGACCAGGAGGGUCAGCUGGAGUGCAAGUCCUGUCCUGAAGGGACCUCAACAGCCUACCUGCACUCCCGCAGCAUGGCUGAAUGCAAAGGGCAGUGUAAACCUGGUAGUCACUCUCUGAAUGGGCUGGAGAUCUGCGAGUCAUGCCCGCUGGGUCACUUCCAGGCUGGUUUCGGUGCCAGGGAGUGUCUGGUCUGUCCUGAUGAGACAUCCACCGUCACCAGAGGAGCAGUGGAUGAGCGGGAGUGUGGAGGUUACCCCUGUCCAAGAGAUUACUACCAGCCUGAACAUGGCCGCUCCUACUGCCUCUCCUGUCCAUUUUAUGGAACCACCACUGUCACUGGAGCCACCAGCAUACAGCACUGCUCCAGUUUUGGAUCAAGUUUUCUUCCAAAGGAGGAGAGUGUAACUGCAGCUCCAGAGGUGGAGGUCAGUGAGGACUACCAAGCCAGCAGUCAGGUUUUCCAUGAGUGUUUCCUGAAUCCCUGUCAGAAUAAAGGGACGUGUGAGGAGGUCGGGGCAGGAUACGUCUGCACCUGCAUGCCUGGGUUCACAGGUGCAAAGUGUGAGAUUGAUAUAGACGAGUGUGACUCUACUCCCUGCCAGAAUGGAGGCCUGUGUAAAGACGGCAUGGGAGACUACGAGUGUCAGUGCAAGGCCGGAUUUUUAGGCUCUUUAUGUGAGGCAGAGGUGAAUGAGUGUCUCUCCUCCCCCUGUCUGAAUGAAGGCGUGUGUGUGGAUGAGGUCAAUAAGUUCACCUGCAGUUGUGCCGACGGCUUCACAGGAUCUCGUUGUGAGCUGGAAAUAAACGAGUGCCUUUCCAACCCCUGUCUAAACGGAGGUGUGUGUGAGGACCUCACAGGAGGUUACACCUGUAAUUGUCCCGUGGGCUUCUCAGGGGACCGCUGUGAGAUCAACAUUGAUGAAUGCUACAGCACCCCCUGUCUGAAUGGGGGCUCGUGCCUGGACGCUGUUAAUAAUUUCAGAUGUCAGUGUGUGGAGGGAUACCGGGGCCAGUUGUGUGAGGUGGACGUGGACGAGUGCGAUCCCAACCCCUGUGUGAAUGGGGCCAGCUGCCUGGACGGUCUGGGGUCCUACACCUGCCGCUGCCUCCCUGGGUUCAAUGGAACCAGGUGUGAGACAGAGAUGUCCUCUGCCUUCAACCUGGACUUUGAAGUGUCGGGUAUCCAUGGCUAUGUAAUGAUGGAUGGAGUGAUGCCGGCGCUGACAGAGAUCACCUGCACUUUCUGGAUGAGGUCACUGGACACGAACAACUAUGGCACACCUGUUUCCUAUGCUGUGGAGGGCAGUGACAACUCAGUGAUAUACAGAGAAUCAAAAGGGUGGGUGCUGUAUGUGAACGGCAAGGAGCGGAUCACUGACUGCCCAGCAGUGAACACGGGCCACUGGUACCACAUCGGGGUGUCCUGGAGGAGCUGGGAUGGCGACUGGAGGAUCUACAUCAAUGGAAAACCUUCAGAUGGAGGCAAAGGCCUGUCAGUUGGCACCGCUAUCCCAGGUGGUGGGGCGCUAGUAUUAGGUCAGGAUCAGGACCAGAGGGGUGAGGGCUUCAACCCCGUUGAAUCCUUUGUUGGCUCUAUCAGCCAACUCAACAUCUGGGAUCGUGUUCUCACACCACAGCAGAUUAAGGUUCUGGCCAGCAACUGUCCAGCCUCCCACGUGAGCCACCGGGGCAAUGUCCUUGCCUGGCCAGACUUUCUCAACGGAGCGGUGGGUCGAGUCAAAGUUAACCUCAACAGCAUUUUCUGUGCAAACUGCCCCAAGCUGGAGAACGCAGUGCUGCACCUGCAUGUCUCCACUGUGGAGGUGAGUCCUGGUGCUCAGGUCCAGCUGUCCUGUGAUCCUGGUUUCUACCUGGUGGGGGAGCCGGUGCUGCAGUGUCAAAAUAAAGGAGAGUGGAGCCACCCCUUGCCCAGUUGUGAACAGGUGUCCUGUGGACCUCCCCGUUCUCUGGAAAAUGGCUUGUUUCAGGGGGCAGACUUUCAUGCUGGCAGCUCUGUGGUCUAUCAGUGUAAUGCUGGCUUUUAUCUUCUGGGAGACGCCAAGGUGCACUGCUCCAACAGUGGCAAAUGGGGAGGAAAUCCGCCAGCCUGUCUCGAUGUGGAUGAGUGUGCUCUAGGAUCUGACUGUGAUGCUCACGCCAGCUGUCAGAACACAGAUGGCUCCUACACCUGCACCUGUAUUCACCCGUACAGUGGAGAUGGCAAAAACUGUACAGAGCCAGUGAAGUGUGUGAACCCCGGGUCACCAGAGUUUGGUCACAGAGAAGGCAGCAACUUUCUGAUGGGCAGCGAGGUUGUGUUUGGCUGCGAGCAUGGCUAUGAGCUGAUUGGCUCGUCUCGACUGCACUGCCUGGAGACAGGAGUUUGGGAUAAUCCUGUCCCAUACUGCAGAGCCCUCCCCUGCCCGACACCAGUUGUUCCUGAGAACUCCAUCAUGAAGGGGAACAACUUCACCUAUGGAAGCAAGGUGACUUUCAGCUGUAUGAAGGGCUUCCUGCCUCAGAUACCCUACGAGUUCCAGUGUCUCUCCAGUCUGAGGUGGAGCGGGAUACCACCUGCCUGUCACCCAGUGACCUGCGGGGGGCCUCCAACAGUGGAGAAUGCCUACUACACCCUCAGCACUAACACAUACUACCUCUCCACUGUGACAUAUACCUGUGCUGAGGGAUACAGACCACAGGGCUCCAUGGAAGGUGUGUGUGAAGCGACAGGGGAGUGGAGUAGGCCUACUGCCCGCUGUGUGAGCAUCCUGUGCAGCGAGCCUCCAGCCCUGAGAGAUGCCGUGACCAGAGGAGAUAGCUAUGAACUGGGACACAAGGUGCACUAUGUCUGCAAAGAAGGCUACACUCUGAUUGGUCCAGAGACCAGAGAAUGUCUGCCCAAUGGCCAGUGGAGUGACAGCUCUGCUCAGUGCGUCCCCCGCUCCUGUGGACCCCCUCCUGCCAUUGACCAUGCUGAGCCCUUCGAAAGCCACCAGCUGUUUGGAGACACUGCUAAUUACUACUGCACUGAUGGAUACACGGCUAGCAACAACUCUAAGAUGGUGUGUAAUGCUCAGGGUGUGUGGGCGCCUCCUGAUGGCAUGGAGGCCCCUCACUGCAUAGCAAACUUCUGUCUACGUCCACCUGACCUCCCCCAUGCAAUUUUAGAUUCGGUCAACAAACCCAAAUAUGCCAGCAGUACUGAAGUGAGCUAUAAAUGUGAGGAGGGCUUCAUGCUCAACACCACAGCCACACUGAGGUGUCUGAUGGGUGGAGAGUGGGAGCCUUCACCCUAUGAUAUCAGCUGUGUACCAGUCAGGUGCUCCACCCCUGAGAGCAUUGACCGGGGCUAUGUGAGCGGAACAAACUACAGUUUCGGAGCUGUGGUGGCAUACAGCUGCGACAAAGGCUUCCUGAUCCGAGGGGAGAAGAGGAGAACCUGCAAGGCCAACGGAGAAUGGGGAGGAGCUCUACCUACCUGUGAACCUGUGUCCUGCCCACAACCUCCUGCACUCAAGAAUGGAUAUAUCCAGGUCAGAGGCCGAUUUACCUUCAAUAGCAAGGUGACAUAUGCUUGUAGUGCAGGCUACAAACUGCAUGGUCGUCCAGAUCGAGUUUGCCAGGCCAACCGCCAGUGGUCCAAUAGCAACCCCCCCAGCUGUGUUCUUUUGACCUGUGACCCUCCUCCCAACAUUGUCCACGGACAAUACCGGGGCUCUGAGUUCCAGGUGGGCCGAAAAAUUGAGUACAUCUGUGAUGAGGGUUACGAGCUGGUUGGGGAUGCCAUCUGGACCUGUCUGAAAUUUGGAAGGUGGGAUAAGACAAAGCGUCCACGCUGCUCACCGGUGCGGUGUCCAGAGCCACCGCUGGAAGAGAAUCAUCUGGUCCUCAAGGGCCUGGACUCUGAAUCUGGAACAGUGGAACUAUCCUGUGAGGAUGGCUACAUCCUUGAGGGCGCUCGGAUCCUCCGCUGCACCCAGUCCCAAGAGUGGAACGACACCUUCCCAGUGUGUAAGCAGGUGUUUUGCGGCCCACUGCCUGAAGUGUCGUUUGGUGGCCCUUCCUUGCCCUCUGCCCUGUUCCCUUUCAGCUCAGUGGUGACCUACACAUGCAUGGAUGGCUUCACAUUAAAAAAAGAAGGCUCUGUGUCCUGUCUAGCCAGCGGGCAGUGGAGCAGUCCUUACCCAGAGUGUAUCCCAGUUGAAUGCCCUCAGCCUGUCGACAUUUCUAAUGGUAUCAUUGAUGUCCAGGGACUGAUGUACCUCAGCAAGGCACUGUACAGCUGUAGGACUGGAUAUAACCUAGUAGGCAACUCUACUGUCCUCUGUGGAGAGAAGGGACUCUGGAUUGGAGAGGUACCUUCUUGUCGCCCAAUUGAAUGCUCCAUCCCUAAACAGAUAGCUCAUGGAAAAGUGGUCUAUACAAAACUCCAGUUUGGUCACAGUGCCACUUUCUCCUGUCGUCAUGGUUACCGUCUUCAAGGACCAGAGAUGCUGAAGUGCUUGCCCAGUGGGGAGUGGGAUGUUGAGCCACCUGUUUGUGCGCAGAUAUCCUGCACCCCACCUCAACCCAUUGAAAAUGGUUUUGUAGAGGGCCAGGAUCACAGUUUUGGUGUGACUAUUUUCUAUAGCUGUUUUCCUGGUUUCCAGCUAGUAGGCCAGGACCAUCUGACCUGUGAGGAGUUUGGCUGGUCUGGUGCCAUUCCUGUCUGUGUGCUCUCGGACUGCGGUCUGCCUCCUCACAUUGACUUUGGGGAUUAUGUCAGAGUAACGGAGCAUGGGGGCGACUCUAUUACAGCUUCUGGAACAUUAUCCUCACCUAUGGACUUGAGCUUCUUUCAUGGAACACUGAUUGAGUACCUUUGCCACAGAGGUUAUGACCUCACAAGCCCCACCAGAUUAGUGUGUCAGGAGGACGGGGGGUGGAAUGGAACAGCCCCAUCUUGUGUCCCAGCAGAAUGUGAGACACCACCCAAUCCAGAGCAUGGCUGGGUGAAUGUGAAUGAUACCUCCCUCGGUAGUAUGGUCAGGUAUACUUGUGAGGAAGGAUAUGAGCUUGAGGGAGACCCUGUGAGGCAGUGUGUAUCAGGUCGACUGUGGACCAAUGAGGCCCCAGUUUGUCGGCCUGUUUCCUGUGGUGACCCAGGGGACAUACCUAAUGGCACAACUCAUGGUCGUGCUUUUGUGUAUCCUGCGGUCUUGCACUAUGAGUGUGGUCCUGGAUUUGUCCUAAAGGGUAGUGACACUAUCGCCUGCCAGGCAGAUGGAAAGUGGAAUGGCCAGAAGCCACAGUGUGAACCAGUCUCUUGUGGCCUUCCCAAAGUUCCCACUGACAUUACUUUUAAAGGAGAGGAGUACACUUACAAUAGUGAGAUAGAACUGAGCUGUCAGCCUGGUUUCCUCUUACAUGGGAAAUCUGUCAUUGUUUGCCAGGCUGAUGGCACCUGGAGCCAUGAGUCUCCUACCUGUGUGCCUGCCCGCUGUGGGAAACCCUCACCAUUACCCAACGGGCAUGUGCUGGGGUCAGACUUUGGCUUCAACAGCAAGGUAAAGUAUGAAUGUGAUGAGGGAUACACCCUUAAUGGAGACUCCACACGUGUUUGUCAGUCAGAUGGACUGUGGGACAAACCUGCACCUCGUUGUGAUAUCAUCAGUUGUGAUCCACCUGAAGACAUCAGUCAUGGCUUCCUGAACGGCUCCAGCUUCAACUACGAUGACAUGGUGGAGUAUGUCUGCUUUGAUGGCUAUGAGGUGGUUGGGAAUCCCAUCCUGCGAUGCUCUGCUCAAGGCCUCUGGGUGGGCACCGUGCCUCAGUGCCAGCCCUGCGUCUGUGCUCUCCCUGUGCUGCGAUUCGGUGAGGUUCAUAGCCGCGACCGCUCCUGUGGGGAACGAGUGCGUUUCCAGUGUAACGACGGCUACAAGCUGCUAGGUCCCCCUGAGGCAGUGUGUGAAAGGGGAGGGGUGUGGAGCCCUGGGGUGCCUGUGUGUGGCCGAGGGAGGUGCAGUGUCGCCCCGCCUACAGUUCCAAACGCUGUCUUGCAGGGCGGCAGUGCCACCUUCCCAGACACAGUUAUAUACAGGUGUCGGCCCGGCUACCUGCAAAAGGGGUACCCACACCUCUCCUGUGGAAGAGACGGCAGGUGGGGGGAACCCAAGAUCAGCUGUGAGCCUGUGAGCUGUGGUAAACCUCCAGAUGUAGCCCACUCUCAGGUGGUGGGAGACACCUUCACCUUCCCAAAUCAAAUCACAUAUAGGUGUGAUGAUGGGUACGAACAAGCCACACAGACAGCUUCUCUGUCCUGCCAGAGUGAUGCCACAUGGUCCAAACACAGUAUUCGCUGCCGCCCCUCAGCCUGCCCGAUACCCACCAACCUGUCCAUGCCCCACCUGGUAAUCAGUGGGAAGGAGCUUACCGCUGUUGGAGGCACUAUUACUCUCUCCUGCCCUCCCGGCUUCUACCUGCAGGGACCAGUGCAGGCAGAGUGUCAGCUGGGCGGAAGCUGGGCUCCAAGCAUCUCGACCGCUUCUUGUGAGCUGGUGGUGUGUGAGAAACCCCCUCCUAUUCUUCACGGGAUCACUGAAGGGGACAGCUACAACUAUGGAGAUUUUGUCAUGUACUCGUGCCUGCCUGGCUUUGACAUGAAGGGAGACUCCAUUCAGACCUGCCAGGGAGACAGCACAUGGACUGGCACCCAGCCAGCUUGUGUUGCACAGUCCUGUGGGCCUCCUCCCACAGUAAAACAUGCACAGGUCCAGAUGACAGGAGAUACUUAUCUUCACAAUGCCAGCUAUGCAUGUAAUGUUGGGCUGCAACUGAUCGGCCCAAAGACACUCACCUGUCUGGCUAAUGGCACAUGGAGUCUGCCAGCUCCUACAUGUGAAGUGGCCAGAGGCUGCAACAGCCCGAAACAGAUGCUGCACGGCAAAGUACAAGAACACAACCUGAACACUGGGCGCGCUCUGGAGUUUCAGUGUGAUAAAGGCUACACCCUGGUGGGAGAUCCUCUGGUGGUGUGCAUGGGGCGCAGCACCUGGAGCUCCACUUUCCCCACCUGCCAACCUAAGUUGUGCCCAGCUCCUCCAGGCUGGAAGGAGGACGCCAUUGGGAACGGAUCCCAGCGGGAGUUUCAUGUCGGUCAGUCAGUCCGCAUCACGUGUCCCAAAGGCCAACAGGUGAAAGGCAGCGGCAUCAUCACCUGCAGACAGGACCAGAUCUGGAGCCCCAUCAGCUCUGUGUGUGAAAGGGUGUCCUGUGGCCCCCCCCUCCACGUGGCCAAUGGGGUUGUGCGGGGGGCGGUGUUCCAGUUUGGGGACGUGGCGGUAUACUCGUGUUAUGGUGGCUACGCCAUGGAGGGCGUUGGAAGGAGCAGGUGUCUGGAGAACGGCACCUGGACGCCGCCUCCCACAUGCAGAGCUGUGUGUUGGCUGCAGUGUCAGAACGGAGGUGUGUGUCAGCGGCCCAACACUUGCGCCUGUCCCGAGGGCUGGAUGGGCCGGCUUUGUGAGGAGCCGAUCUGCAUCCUGCCGUGCCUGAACGGAGGCCGCUGCGUGGCGCCUUACCAGUGUGAGUGCCCGACCGGGUGGACAGGCACUCGCUGUCACAGUGCUGUGUGUUCAUCACCUUGUCUCAAUGGAGGCAGAUGCAUCAGGCCGAACAGGUGUCACUGCACAUCAGGGUGGAGCGGACACAACUGCUCCAGGAAAAGGAAAUCAGGAUACUAUCACUUCUAGUUUGCUCUCAGCCAUGUGAAUCAUCCUCUGAAGGGAGGUUCCUGUAUAGUUAACUGACACGUUAAACCAUUCAUUCUCAUCUCUCAAAAGGCAAAGCAAGAACCAUUUUGUAAAAUAAAGCUGUAUUUUUUCAUAUAGAGACUCAACAGUAUUAAACACAUGCUGCUAUAUACUUGUACGAUGUGUAAAAACUAUUGUGAUUGUCAAAUGUAU